GGCCAUCACAAUCACAUGCGUCUUCUUCUAACCCCCCUCUCCGCCGCUCACUUGACCGUCGCCGCCAAAGCUGCCACCACCGAAAUCCUCGCGUUGCUUGGCAGUGGCUGCCAUCGCCGUCUCAUUGGCGACAGCGACAGCGCUCCCAUUCGCCGCCAGUCCCGAUUCAGCGGUGCAGUGCCCCAUUACCUCAACAUGACAACCAAGCUAGCGCCCACGGUUCGCCUCAACAACGGCAAGGAGAUCCCCGUCCUGGGACUCGGCACGUGGAAGUCGAAGCCUGGUGAAGUAACAGAGGCUGUAAAGGCUGCUAUUGAUGCUGGUUACCGCCACAUUGAUGGUGCCCAUGUCUACGAGAAUGAGAAAGAAGUUGGGGAAGGCAUCAAGGCCAAGAUUGAGGAGGGCGUUGUGAAGAGGGAGGAUUUAUUCAUUACAAGCAAGCUGUGGAAUGCAUACCACAAACCUGAGCUCGUUGUCGGAGCUUGCAAGAGGACCCUUGCUGACCUUGGUUUGGACUACUUAGAUUUGUACCUUGUCCACUGGCCAAUGGCCUUUAAGGAAGGACAAGGCCUUUUCCCUAUGGAUAAGGAUGGCAAGAUGUUAUUCAGUGACGCAGAUUAUCUGGACACAUGGAAGGCAAUGGAAGAGUGCGUUCAGAUGGGCCUUGUAAAGAGUAUUGGAGUUUCUAACUUCAACAGUGAGCAACUUGCCCGUCUCCUUGCUGUGGCCAAGAUUAAGCCAGUUACCAACCAGAUUGAAGUGCACCCCUGCCUCAACCAAAGCAAGCUUAUUUCCUACUGCAAGGAGAGGGACAUUCUGGUCACAGCCUACAGUCCAUUUGCAUCCCCUGACAGGCCAUGGGCUAAGCCAACUGACCCUUCCCUGCUUGAUGACCCUGUUAUCAAAGCCAUUGCAGACAAGUACAAAAAGUCAAAUGCCCAUGUCAUUCUGCGUUACUUGAUUCAACGUGGCACUGUUCCCAUUCCCAAGUCCGUUACUCCUUCUCGUAUUCGCUCAAACAUUGAGAUAUUUGACUUUGAACUGACACCUGAAGAUAUUAAGGUCCUGGAUGGGUUGGACUGCAAUGGCCGCAUAUGCCCAUUUAAUGAAGCCAAGGAGAGCAAGGACUGGCCAUUCAACAUUGAAUUUUAAUUUAUGAUUCCUUGAAAGAAUUGUUACCUGUAUUGUACUCCAAAUAAAGUCAUUUUCUUUUCUUAAAAAGCAAAUUA